UUAUUCUUUUUUUUCACUCUCGUCAGUGGACAGAGUUAACCGGAGAGGAAAAAGGGGACACGAAACCACCGUGGCUGCAAUGGCGUCGCCCGCUCCCGCUCCCGCGACCGCGAAGCCCAUCGCUCUCCGGCGGCCGCCGGUCCCAGUCCGCGGCGGGUUCUGCCCGGUGCGUCCGUCCAUGGCUGCAGCGGCAGGCCGGCUCAGAGUCUCGGCCUCCGCUUCCGCCUCGGACGUGCCCGACUUCCUCUCCUCCGACUGGCUUGAAACACGCAAGAAGAAGCCUUUGGGCCCCAGGUUGAAUUUUAAUGCAGAAGAAGCAGUGGAGUACCAGCUUGAGGCCUUGAAAUACAAUGACAAACCCCGCCCGGAUUAUGGGGUUGAGGUCAUGUACCGGUUUGCAGGCUUUAAUCCAUUUGAAAGGUCAACUUAUUUUGGACGACAGUUUGAUCUUGGGCAGUUCGAACGUUUCCGGCGGAUAUUUCACCAUUCAACUUACAGGGUGCUGCUUGGCCACAAAGAAAGAGAGAUAUUAAGCAGAUUAUGGGUUGAAGAGAAUCAAUUUAAGCAGAGAGUUUGGAUCCGAGGAGCUCGCCCGGAGGAAGAAGAGAUAUUCCAGUUUACAAUGGUUCAGAGAGUUGGCGGCUCGUGGGACGGCUACUGGCUAACCGAGAGCUUGACAAACGACGACGGGGACGCAUUCUCAGGCGGGGUUGCUUAUUGACAGGCAUGUACAUAUACACUCAACUUUCAGCGUAUAGAUCGAUGCCUAUACGAAUACUAGCAAACUAGAAAAUGUAAGUAUGAGUUGAUGGUCCAGAUAUAGUUGACGUUUGCGACGACUGUCCAUGUAGAUGACACACUAGCAGAAGAAAGGAAUUUGCGGUGGAAUUAGCUGGUGUGUUCCCAUCCUGUAAAGCAUCUCAUCAUGUCAACCAUACACUACCAGAUCUAAGCUAUAUAUAUACUUACAAGACAAUCGCUUUCAAGAUAGAAAAGGGUCAUGCUUGUAGAGUAGUAUUUUGUCUGCUUGGUUCCGUAGGUGGACAAAACACCCGGAUUCUGGAUGUCUUGGAAAGGUUGCUGAGCCGAACACACAGGAAGGAACCAAAGUUCAUCACCAAACCUCACCAGACACCAGCAACUUGCUUGGGGGCCUUUCUGGCUCUUGUAUAUCAUUCCGAGUUCGACCAAUCAGAAGCACGGUUCGUCGCGAGCACCUGACUUGCGAGUUCGUCUUCGAUGCUUCAUCCUUCUCUCUUGGUAACUGGUCAUUUCACCUGUAUCGGUCCAGGUUUUCUGUUGGCGGGUUCCGUUCUGAUCGGCGUGUGUUGCGGUGAGACCUGCUGGUACUAAAAAACAGCAAGGACAUGGACCGCAAGGCUACCAGUCUGACAUGCUACUCACCUGAAGGCGGAGAGGACAGAAGGAUGAAGCUUGCGGACGGUGCAGAUGAUCGUCACCGUCUGCCGACGCCGAUUCCACAUAUGGAGUAGCACAUGAAUGAAACGAAUCUGCGGUAGGUUUGGCUGCUGUGCUCUCAUUCUGCAAAGGUUUCGUCGUGCCAACCAUGCCGUGAAAUGCAUAGAAAACAGUCGUUGUCAAGACAAACAAGUGUAUAGAAGAGAGGAGUUACGGCCGUAAUGAGCUUGCAAAACAAAAGUUCACCCCUAAAGAAAAGCUUGUAAAAGGUUCUCCGGUGUUCAUGUAAAAACAGAAGGUUCUGCAUUGUCAAUCAAUUUUGUAACGUA